GUGUAGAAAGUCUAGGGAAACAUGAUGAAAUUAAGACUUAUUCUUCUCCUAUGGACUGUGCUUUUCUUCUCUGGAAAUAGUGCACAAGCACAGACAGCUCCUACUGCUGUCCUCAACCCAGCAGAAGGUGUCAAUGCAAGUCUAGGAUCCACUGUCACCUUCACUUGCAUCAUUAAUGGCACAGAGGAUGCUCUGUGGAUAGUAGACGGAAUGUCAGAUCCCACAGUGCAACGUCAGAUGGGGAUUACUCAAAACAGUACAUUCAGACAAUCUGACGGAACUUUUAUCUCUCGCAUUUAUGUUUCAUCCACGAUGGAGAAUAAUGGUAUUGAGAUUGUAUGCCGUGCAAUAGGGACCUUAUCGAAUGGACAAAGUGAAACAGUCACUCUAUUUGUCCAAGGACUGCUGAGCUCUCCAACAGCGCUUGGUAUUUCCGACUCAGAGGGACCUACUCGGAGAUUGAGCUGGACACCACCACCAACACUAGACCUCACCAAUGUCCAUCCAGACAUUAGCCACUACAAUGUAUGCUCUUCAAUCUUGAAUGAGGUGUCUUGCAAUGAUGUCCAAGGAACAGAAUUAUCAUUUUUAAACAUCAGAAUUGGGAUUGAGUUUUCUGUUGUCGCAGUUAAUGUGGUUGGUGAAGGCAAUGCUAGCACUAUCAAUCAUGAGCCUUGUGACUCUACAACAGCACCUACUCAAGUUGAUGGAGAUCUUGUUACAAGUGAUAUCUCUCUGCAAUCUAGUGGGACUACUCCCUCUGUUACUUUCUCUUUUGGAAAAGGAGGUGGAGAUGCCAAUUGUUUUAACCUGUAUCGGAUUGAAGCAUCACCGUCCAAUCAAGGUACUCCCCUCACCCAGGGACCAAUGUUCCCAACAGUGAGUGGAGGGGAGGAUAAUUCUGUCAGUGUGACUUCUGGCCUUGUGAGAAACACAGUCUACAGCGUCAGCAUUGUAUCAGUGAACGUCAAUGGAGAGAACCCCUCAAAGGGAGACAUACAAUUGAGUACCUAUGAUGUCCAGUCUAUUCAGAGUUCUACUCGCCCUGGGGUAAUAGCCGUCACAUGCAGUUUCACAACUGGCUCAGUAGCUAGUAGUUGUAUUGUGAGGAUAUGUGAGGUCAUCAAUGGAAAUGUAUCGAUGAUGUGUCAAGAUCUCUCUGUUCCAAGAAGCCCUUCCGCUUCUGAAACAACUCAAGAGCUCAAUGAUGUACAGCCAUGGAGGUGUCUAUGCGAUUGUAAGUGUCACAGUGAAUAGUGGUGGGGAAAUGAUUCCUUUCAUUAGUGGAGAUUUGAGGUUCCUUCAACUUCAAAACAUAAACGUUACAGAAGAAUCACCAACCACCCCCAUAAUGGCUACUGAAGUCACAGUUGGUUCCACUAUGGAUUCUUCAGCCAAUGUGGGAGUCAUAGCAGCUGGAGUUGUUGGAGGAGCCAUUGGUGUUGUUUGUAUUGGCUGCAUAUCCACAGUGACUGUUGGAGCUAUCCUCAGAAUGCUAUCUUCCAAAAGAAGAUUGAAAGAACUAGUUGACGAUAAUAUAAAUUUUCAACUUCAUCCCAAUGAAGCAUAUUCUCUUCAGUUAAAAAGAAAUGAAGCAUAUUAUACAGCAGGCAAACCUCCUGUAUCUCAAGAGAACACUGACGCCCAUUUGUAUGAGGAGAUGACACUGCCAGCACAAAACGACGAG